AUGUCCUUGAUUGACCCCCUCGCCGUGCCCAACUUCCCUCAGGACGAGCCCCCAUGGCCGACCACACCUCACAGCCCCAACGAGCCUAUACCCAACCUCCCCAGGCCCUCCCCCAACCACCACGAGUCGCGUGGCCCUCCCGCCGGUUUGUACGGGAAGGAGCCGCAGAUAUACGGACAGCCUGAGCCGGGACUCAUCUCCCCGCGUAUAAACACCUCCGCGAAUGGCGUGCCAUUCGAGAAGAGAGAGCCGUAUCUGCGCGUGAGGAUCACCGCGCUCGACCGCAACAGGCGGGACGUCCUCAUUAAAUUCGAUGCGCAGACCAAUCUCUCAAACUUCACGGGCACGACAUACCGCAACGUCUCGCGGUCCUACCUCGAGUUCCAGCAGUUUUACGAGUCCGUCAUUCAGAAUAACCCGCAGACUAUCGUCCCUGCCCUCCCACUUGCGCGUACGUCCGCACCGACGGAUGAGGAGGACGACCGGCUCGUGAAGAUCAUGCUCCAGCGUUGGCUCACGCGCAUCUGCGAAGACCCCAUCCUGAUUCAUGAAGAGGAACUCCGGUCGUUUGUGGAAAGCGACUUCGGGUACCAGCCGACACCUAAUACGCGCAAGAAAGCGUCAGGCGGAUUUAGCCUUAUCCGCCGUGGCGUACCGGAUGAAGAUGAGGAGCUUCAGCGAGCACGGUUCGAGCUAACGAAGCUGGAAGCCCAGUUCUUCGAUGCAGCGAAGGCGAUUGAUAAGCUUGCACGCGCAAGGAAAUCCAUCGCGGCAGUGAAGGUGGAGAUGGGCAACAAGCUGGUGAACGUCUCUUCAACAGAGGCCCACCCGCCGCUCGGAAACGCGUUGCAGAAGAUGGGUCGGACAUAUCACAGCCUUGCAGACCUGGACCAGGCUCAAGGUAUCAGCGAAUGCGUUAUCAUCGGUGACUCGCUAGGCUAUCAGGGUCUGAACGCGCGGUCUGCCAAGGAGACGUUGCAGCAGCGUACAGGGGUCCUGGAGGAAUACCAAGCAGCUGUAAAGGCUACCAUUUCGAAGAGGCGGAAUAUGGAGCGCUUGAAGGCUAGCAGCAACAUUAGCCCUCAACGUGUUGAUGAGGCCCUCGAGGAGAUGGAAGAGGCCAACAAGUACGAGCAGAUAUUGGCUCGGAGAGCUGAAGGUAUCUCGCAGAAUCUCCACCGGGCUCUGGAUAGGCACAGACGACUGGUUACGGAGGAUAUCACGGCCGCGCUAGUCGAGCACGUCCGUUCGACUAUCAUGUACGAGCGGCAGCAUCUGCGCGAGCUGGAGUCCCUCAAACCAGACGUAAGCAACGCGGACCAGAAGCAUGUACCGCAGAAGCCUGUCACCGCGCCACGCCCCGCGUACAUUCCACCUCUGGAGGACUUUGCCCCCAAGCCACCUGUCCCUCGCCCAGCAUCGGCCCAGCCUCCCAGUAUGCCGCGCGCCGCCCCUCCGAGCGUGCCUCCGCUCAGCGCUUCCGCCUUCAUCAAUGGCCCCGCCCAGAACCCUUUCAUUUCUGGCGGUGCGGCAUCUCCUGUGCGCGCCCCGCUCCCUCCUCAAUCGCCGGGAGCAGGUCCCUCGUCGGCCCGCACCCCAUCACAGGCAUCAUUCGCGCCCCCUCUCAUGGACGGUCCUCCCCUCGGCGGACGUCUCGUGGACGGGACGAAAUCCAUGUUCGUCAAGAUGCCCUCAUCGCCGCUCGCAUCGUCUGGACUGCCCACAUCCACGAGCACGUCGACGCUGCCCCCUGCUCCUCAGUCAGCGACGCCUCAAGCUGCGCCCAGGACUCCUGCGGACCCGCUAUCCGCGACCUCCACUGGCCCGCCUUCAGGGCUUCCGUCUGCGGCCCCCCACCCGCUUGCAGCGUCUGCGUAUAUGCCAUCCGCUCACUCUCAAUUUGCCAACGGUCGGUCGAACACCGCCCCAACCCUCGCCAACGACCUGGACCCGCUCGGCAUGGCGAAGCCUGUCAACAUGUCCGCGUCGGUGCGGGUGACGCCGUCGAGGCCCAGGCUGGACGCACGAGAGGCAGCGAGCAAACUUGCGAACAUGUUCUAGGGAAGCAGGUCCACGUACUACGCAUGCAUGGGUCCGUCAAUGAUAUCCUAUCGCUUC